AUGUAUAGUUUAUUAUAUUUUCAAAUUAUUGUAAUAUUAUUAGUAUCAUAUUUUAAUUCUUUUUCAACAGGUGCAAUUGUAAAUUACUCAUAUUGGGCAAAUCCAAGUCAAAACAAUUGUCCCAAUUCACUAAUUUCACUGAUAACAGAUUCCGGUACAACAAAUAUCACUAAAAUCACUAACAAUGCCAGCUACAAACAAUAUCCAAUUGCUUUCCCAACUAAAAAUGUAUUUCACUUAGGAAUAGAUGUUCCUGUUGGUUCAUACAAUAUAGAUUUAACUGUUACUCCAUCAACUGGAUCUCCAAUUACAUAUCCAGUAACAGUUAGUUGUAAUAUACCAAAUUUACCAAAUCAAAUUGGUUCAGUUUCAAUAGUACCGAGUCCAUCUUAUGGAUACCAAACACCAACAUAUUUGGUUACAAUGCAAACCAAUUCAAUAUUUUCAAUAUUCGGUUGUGCUACUAGUAAUGUAGCAAUAGGAUGCUCCGUUGCCACCAGUAAUACAACCAAUAUCUAUAUAUUGACUCUAAAUUUCAUUAGCUUUGAUCUACCUCUAGGAACAGGUGAUCUCACUAUCUAUAUUAAUGGUGCAAGUUCACAACUUCAAUUCAUUAUUCCAUCACCACAAACCAUAGGUGGCCAAUCCUCAACUUGGCAAUCGUCUUUCAAGUAUCCAGGAGACGGAAGUGCUGCUACCAACACCAUGGUUAAAUCGACUGGUUCCAUCCUCAAUGUUGUACAUGUCGACCAAGUAGGUUCCUAUCUCUUCACCUCGUUAAAGACUGGAAAUAACGGUGCGAUUGUUCCCAUGUACGGGCCUGUAGAGUCGACCGCAGCCUCCAAAACCUUUGUAAAUAGAUUAGCACCACAAACGACACAGAUCUCCACAAUGCUAUGUGAUAGCCAAGUCACCAGACCAGCGGGAACCACCACCAAUUUCACUUUGGCGGCGGAUCCAACUUUCUCUUUCACCGAUCCCUUUGCCAUUACCCCUGUUUCCGGUGGUGCCGACACAUUCAUUACCUACACAUACAGCAGUCUUUAUUGUAAGAAUCUCCAAUUCAAAUUCUUCAAUAGAAACACCCGUAAUGUAGAUUAUCCAUUCGGUAUCAAUGCCAGAGGUAACUCUGUUUCCAAUCUACAAACCUCCUACCAAUUCUCAUUUCCAACCAACUUUACUUUAAAUUACUAUGAUGCAUUCCCCAAUACUAUCUUACAAUGUGGUAAAGUUUCAGCACCAUUUAAUGUAUCUCCUGCAUUGGCUCCAGUUACUAUGGUUUUACCAUAUAUUUCCGAUUUCCAAACAAUUCCCUUCACUUAUCAAUCUGUAAUUGUUAGAGUUGAAAUUACAACAGCCGGAGUUGCAUUCCAUUCAUUGAUGUAUGGCCCCAAUAACGCAGAGUUACUUUCCUACCGUGAUUUGGUAUCUGGAGAUUUAUAUAAAGGUUAUUAUGAAAAAGAGAUAUUCUUUGGAAAGCAAGAUAUCAAUAGUUAUUACCCAUUAAUUGUUAUGGAUUUAACAUACAAUUCCUAUGCCUAUCAAAGAGGUUCAGUUUUAAAUACUAAAAAACAAAUAUUAGAUUUCAAUUUCCCAACACCAAUUGAUGUUAGUUUAAUAGAAAAUUUAGUAUUCCAAAAUAAUACUAUGGAUUUAACAGGUAAUAGUGCCAACAAUACAAUUUUCUUCCAAAUCAAUGGUCCAAUCCCCAAUAAUUUCGUUCCUGUUAUUCAAUUUGACUUUGAAUUCUCCGAUCCAAUCAUUGCCAAAGGAACUUUCAAUUAUUCCAAUAACUAUGCAACUAUUCCAUUCACUUUACCAAAGAAUUUAAUCAAUGGAACAAUUAAAUACUCUUUGUAUCUUCCAUUUAAACUCUCAUGGGAAUCACUCUAUGGAAAGUUUGGUUCACAAAUGUUAUUAAAUAUUACAUCUCAAGUUGGAGAUCAAAUGCCACCAAUCAUUUAUGGUAUUACUAGUUCAGCCCAAGGAUUGGUAAUUACCUUUAAUCUUUCCAUUAGAGAUACUAAUGGAUUCCAAAGUGGAUAUUUGAAUCUAACCAGUGAUCUCGAUGUAUUGCCAUACAAUGUUGAAUUCAAUCUUGGAAACUUGACCACCGGAACUGCACAAGAUGGUUCCUACAAGUUAAUUGUUAACAUUGAACCAAGUGGUCCAUCGCAAACAUUUACAAUUGUAGAUGCAAUGCUAAAGGAUCAAUCUGGAUUCUACUCGAAAAUGAAUUCGAUCAAUGGAAUCGAUCCAUUCUCAUCGAUCUACAACACCUCUGCAGCCGCUUUCAUGUCAGCUAGUAUCUCAGGUUACGUAUCGGGUUCGUACAAUCCUACUAUGACUCAAAUAAAUGGUCUUCCAACAACCAUCGAUACUUGCAGUCCCAACAGAUUCCUUUCGUUCCAAUUCAUCAUUAAUGACGACUCUCAAGUUUCACCUCGACACAACCCAUGGGUGUACCUAGCCACCUAUGGAUAUGAUGUUCUCCCUUUCCCAUCCAAGCUGGUCUCAGACAACAAUGAUUACAAUACCUUCUCGGUGAAUGCUUCACUUCCCUAUGGUUUCGGAAUGACAAACACAAUCUAUAUUUCGAUCUACGGUUUCUCAGAUCGUUCGCUAAACUAUGCUGGUGUCACUACUGGAAUGAUAAAGGAUGGUAAUGUGAAUCCGUACAAAACAUCGAAUUCCAGAAGUAUGACACCAUCGCUAGAAUAUGCCCAACCCAUCUAUAGCUACGGUGGUAGUGUUACCAUUUCCGGUUUUGGAUUCGGUUUAGACAAAUCGGUAUUCUCCAUCAGCGUCAAGCUUAACAAUGGAACAACCCUCACACCAUCACCAGUAAUGUUUGGUGGAACUUUCUUUAGUUUCCCAAUGGCAGCUUUCAGUGAUCCAAUUAAAGUAACUGUCACUAAAUCAUCAAAGACAUCCAAUACUUUGACUAUCAACCCAAUUCCACCACCUCCUCAAAUCCCAAUUCCACCAAAUAACACUGAAACAACAACCACUACAACAUCUACUACUUCAACUACUUCUACUACGGAUUCAACUACUACUACUUCAACAACUGGUGAUUUAACAACUGGAACUUCAACCACUGGACAAUUAACAACUGGAGGAUCUACAACAUCCACAACAACUACUUCAACAACAGGUGGAAUAACAUGUCCAGCUGGUUGUGUAAAUGGAAACUGUAUUGCUCAAGGCACAUGUGAAUGUAAUAAAGGUUAUUACGGUCCAACAUGUAAUUCACAAACAGAUCCAAAUGCUAAUCCAGAUCCAAACGAAAAUGAUCCAACCAUCGAAGAUAUCUCAACUACCAUAUCGAUUGUUGAGAUUCGUGAGAUGGAUAAUCUCAAUAAUCCAACCAUUUCCUAUCCAGUCGGCAAAUAUAACUGGACACGUUUGAACAUGACAAAGCCAUCGGACGUCAAUCUCAAGUAUGUCUACAACGUACAACUCAAUAACAGUCUCAACACCUACGUCAAUGUAACAAUCGAUUGGUUCAACGUAGCCACAUCCUUCCCUUUUGGCAAACGUCAAUUGAACAUGUCGGCCAACACCGCCAAAUACUCUAUAUACAUCUCACAGUUCCCAUUCGCCGAUCGUCUCAACUACCUACAGGUGAUAAUGAAGAUCGGAAUCAAUGCGACCGACAGUGAAUGCUCAUCGAAACAGAUCGGUGGUGAUCAAUCGAACUUGCAAUGGAUCAAUCUCAAGGUGGGAGAUCGUAGUCUCUACGGUAGAUUUGUAGAGUACGGUGUCAUCGAUGGCAACGAACAAGUAGUCUACAAUCAACUGCUCGACGGUUCAUUGGAGCCGACCUCGACCGAUGCAUCGGCAUCGACUGUCGCCAUCAAAGUUCAACACUAUGAGAGCUCUGCAUUGCUCGACCCCGACUUCCAAUACCUGCUCGACUCUGACUCGUCGGGACGUACCGAUGAACUCUGCAAGAGUAGCUCUGGUCUAGACAAAGCAAAACUCGCCGGUAUCAUCGUUGGUUGCGGUGUAUUCGCUAUUGCAGCAACCAUCAUGAUCAUAUAUUCCGUCAAGAGAGCAAGAACUCAAAAGAAACUUAGAGAAUCAAUGAAUGUAAAAUUAGGUAGUGUUCAAGAUCAUUAA